AUGGCGCACGAAAUGAGUCGAGAUGGUGAAGCUGUCGCGGAGCAAACUGAAAGACCCAGGUCUGCGAAUGAAGCUGUGAGAAAGCUAUGGACUACCAAGACCCUGGGCAUCGCAAUUGGCUGUCUUCUUCUCAUGAACUUCUUCAUGAACCUGACAGUCUACACUCAAAAUGUCUACGAACCAUAUGCGACGAGCCACUUCAAAGCACACUCUCUUCUGGCUACAGGUUCAAUUGUCGCUGGUAUUAUGAGAAUUGUGUCUUAUCCACUCUUGGCUAAACUUGCCAACCAUUUUGGACGGCCACAGGGUUUUGCGGGUGGCGCAUUGGCCAUGGCUAUUGGAAAUGCUAUGUAUGCAUCUUGUCGCAACGUUGACACGUUCUUGGCUGGAUCAAUCUUCGACGUCCUCGGUGACUCCGCUUGGAAUAUCAUGCAGCAAAUCUUCAUCGCCGACAUCACCACUCUCGUCAACAGAGGUAUUCUAUUCACCCUCCCCGAGUCCCUUACUGCGAUCCCGACUCUAUACGGAGGAACAUACCUGGGCGAACACAUCCUCCUCAACUCUUCCUGGAGAUGGGGUUUCGGCAUGUGGUCAAUCAUUCUGCCUGUCACUGCCAUUCCCACAAUUGGGAUCAUGAUCUGGAUGAAUCGUCGAGCAAAGAAGACUGGGUUGCUCAGUGAGAAGGUAUCAUUCAUGCAUGGUGCUGCUCCUGGACCAGUCGGCAAGGUUAAGCAUGUCGGGUCUCAGUUGGACCUUAUCGGCGCGCUUCUUCUCGUCGCUGGACUCGCCAUGCUACUACUUCCGUUCACAAUUGCGGGCCGGAAUAAUACCGAUCGAUGGAGUAGACCGUCGUCUAUUGUCCUCGUCAUAAUUGGUUUUUUGACUUUUGUCGGCUUUCUGGUCUGGGAUGGCAAGUUCGCAUCUAACCCCAUCAUUCCCUACCGAACCAUCCGCGAGCACAACGUUGUCAUUGCUUGUGCAUCGGUUAUUAUAAUUGCAAUGUCCGAUAGUAUCUAUCGACCAUUCCUUUCGAGCUUUCUCCAAGUUGCUGGACAUUAUUCCCCUGGUGCCGCAACGCGAGUGGACAAUGCUCAGCGCGUGGCCUAUAACGUGGGUGCCUUGGCAGCUGGCUUGUCUCUCAAGUUUAUUAAGAACACGAAGCCGCUAGUCAUGUUUGGAGUUGUGUGUAUCAUCCUGGCUGCUGGCCUUCCGAUCUAUUUGACCAAUAUUUCCGGUACGCACAUCGCUAGCGAAGCCGCUUUUAUCACAGCCAAAUCACUACUCGGUGUCGGCCGUGGAUUCACUCAAGUCCCACUUCAAGUAUCCCUACAAGCUGUCCUCGAGCACGAACAAGUUGCCAUCGCGACAGCUGUCUACCUAUCGUCCCUCGGGUUUGGUUCCAAUCUCGGUGUCACCGUCAGCGGCGCUAUCUGGAACUCUCUACUGCCAAGAAAGCUCAUCGCGUACUUUGGCAAGGAGGAAGGUCGCAAGAUAUUCGGUUCGAUUGUUGUUGCCCGUGGAUAUGAAGCUGGCAGUGCUGAUAGAGACGCUAUCGAUACGUGUUACCGCCAGACACAGCAGACUCUUGCGAUCGGAUCUGUUUGUGUGUCAGGUUUACUUCUAGUGAUGGUCUAUCUUGUUCAUAAUGUCAAGCUUGGAGAUGAGGAUGAAAAGAGAGCAGAAAAGGCUGACCAAGAGCUUGCUUGGGCUAUUAAGCAAAAGGAGACUGAGGGCGAAGGGCCUAUUGACAUUGAGCCUAGAAACCAGCAUUAA